UAAAAUGAGCUGAAUGGGGGUGUUGCAAACUUGCGGUAGAGGGCAGUCAAAAGAUCACCUUUUCUAAACCGAAUAAACAAACCAAUCGCGAGCCUGCUUUACGACUUUCCCCCCUCAGGGCUUCAUAGUGCAUUUGAGAGGGGUGCUUUAUUGAAAGGUCUUUUUUAUUGGUAGAAUGCCGGAAUUGACUUCAUUUUCUCUUCUUCGUACUCCCCUUAAUAUUCCUCCUCAUAUAUUGAUAUUCGAUUUUUAUCGCUUGACGUGGAUUGGAACUGUUUUGAGAAAAUGUGCUCUUUUUACUUUAAAAUUUAUUAGUGUUGAGGCACUUUAAUUUUACCUAAAAAUAAAAGUUAAUCAAACGGAAUAUAUUAAUACUUCUCGCAUGGAUUGAACAGUAUUUAUAAUAUUUUAUUACACAUCACCUGAAAUAUGGAAUCAUCCACGUAUUGCCAGAAUGAUAUUAGAAAUUAUGCAGCCCUUUUUUCAUCAACUGAAUUUACUGACUUUUAUUCCAGUUUUGAAAACUCUUUAAACAUGUUUCAAGAAUCUGACAGGACAUUUGAAAUCAACUCUCAAACUCAAGCAAUGGAGAAAAAGAAAUACGAUUUUACAAAUUACGAAAUUUCAAACAAUAGCAAUGACUUUGAACUUAAUAACUAUCCGCAAUACUUACCGCCUCUUACGAAUCAGAACUUUUUAAAAGAAAUAAACGCGGUUUCCCAGCGAUGCUUACCAUCAAACACAGAAACUGUCUUUACGAACUUGGACGAUUUUAACUUCGAAAAAGCCUCUCAUCCCUCAAUGAAAGAAAAUCAAUGGUCAAGAACAGUGGGCAGUCCGGAUUGUCAUCGAAAACGUGGACCACCUCCUCCUUAUCGACCUCUUCAUAAAGAACCGCCACCACCUUACGCAAUCACUCAAUCUUGGAUCGAUAGUUGCAAUAAUUUUAAAAACUCUAUUAGUGAUCAAGACAUGGAAAUAAUUAGUGAUGACUGGGCUACGGAGGUGCAAAAUUCUGACUUCUUUUCAUCGGAAAAUGAUUCCGAUUUCCACGGAAGCCGCAGCGAGACGCCCUCACCCUAUCUAACCGCAAAAUGGAAAGAUUCUAAAGCGGGUUUUUUAUCGUCGACCGUCGCCUAUGAUCCUACUUCGAAGUUGUCUUGGAAAACCCCACACUCAUUUGUGGAUGAGGCAAGCUCCGAUUCCGUUCGAGAACUCUCCCCGCCGUCCAAAAAAUAUUGCUAUAGCUCUGAAGAUGAGGGAUGGAACUAUAAAAAUAGCCAAAUUGUACAGCUUCCUAAAGAUCUCGUAGAAUGGAAUGAGAAACAUGUGUCACUCUGGUUGAAAUGGUUCUCCAGAACUUUUUACGACUACAAACCAGACUUGAAUCUUAUUCCCAGUGAUGGUGUUGCUCUCAACAAACUUACCCUGACCGACUUCAUAACUAUCACCGGUGAUUGGAAAGUGGCCAAUAUGUUAUGGGAUGAUAUUCUUCCUUACAAAAGAGAGUUAUUUGGAGGCGAGGAAAAAUCGUCAGGUGAAAAUGGAUUAUCUAGUCAAGAACAUUUAAAUACCAUAAAAGAUAGAAGAAAGGAUGAAAAUUUAAGUACCAUAAAAGAUCGAAUUUUGCAACGAUUUGUGACAGAAAAGAAAAAAGCAAAGAAUGAUAAUGGUGGACAAACUCCAUUAUGGCAAUUCCUGUUGGAGCUCCUUUCCAAACAAGAACAUUCUGAUAAAAUCGAAUGGGAAGGUGUGGACGGUACUUUUAAACUCAAGCUUCCAGAUGAUGUGGCAAAAAUGUGGGGACAAAAGAAAAAGAAAAAAGGCAUGACUUACGAAAAACUGAGUCGUUCCCUUCGCUAUUACUAUGACAAACAGAUCAUGAGCAAAGUGAACGGUAAACGAUUCUCUUACAAAUUCGAUCUGGAUGGUCUCAUUCGAGCAUAUCAUCCAACAGGUGUGAGUGAUUCGUGUUUUAUACAAGCAGAUGAUUUAAACUGUCCAUCUAGAAAUUUCCCCUUUACUGCUUUCAUAGUACAAAAAGACAUUCAAAAAAGCGAAGAUGAAGACAGUCCAGAGAGUGGCUUUUAAACUGAAAUAUUCCGAGCUUUGAGGAGUGCUCGCAGCGAGAUGUCCCUAGCAGCAAAAUAACUUGGGCUCUCAUUGGGCCUAUAUUCACGAAUCUUGGGUGAAUAAAGUUUCAAAGAGCCGUUAUUUUUCCAAUAUUGGGCUUAUAUAGAAUUGCCAGCUCCACCCGAUAUUUUAUAUCCAUUAUUUAGGCAAUGUAGGUUCGAUAUCGGCCAAUAUAUGCACCCUAUAUAGGCAAUUCUAGAACCAAUUUUAAAGAAUCCAGGCAUCCCAGUAUUGGUCCCUUGGUGCAUGUUCUUAUAGGACCUAUAUUGAGCCAAUUUUACACCCAACUGAGGCCAAGAUAAAAUUGUUGCUAGGGGUUCUUUUCGAUAAGUAUUUACUAACUUAUGUGUUUUUGGCAAGCGAUACAAGGUACAUUUGACAAAUACCGUUUGCCCAAGGUGCUUUUUAUCUUUAAUUUAUUCAAGUGUUUUUAAUAUAAAGUGCUUUUAAAUAA